GCCCCAUGAAGCGAGUCCGCACGCAAGGGGCUCAUGCUCGGUGGCGCUGGACCAUGCAGGUUCUCUGGCGGCGUCAACGCCGGUCGGGAUCGUGGGCCAUGAAAGCAUGGAGGCAUGAAGGCACGCCGCGGGGCUGGGAUCCAGGAUCGGAGCACCAAGGCCCACGGUCCUUCGGGGCCGUGUGGCGUCCGGGGCGGUCAGGAGCCGCGGCCUUCUCUGGCACAGCUCUGGGCUGUACAGCUGUGUCCACGUGUGUCACACAGGCAGCGCGUGCACCGUGUCAGCGUCGUCGCCCACAGCACACAGAGCAACAGCACUCACCCCGGCCCAGGUUCCAGCCCAGUUGCGCUGUGGGCUCGUGGCGCCUUGCCGCUCCCGCCGCCCUUGCUGCGCUGCGCGGUCGCGUCUGUGUCCGUCUCUGCGUUUCGUGCCUGGCGCCUCCCCAUGAACCGGCUCUCGGCGCAUCGACCUUUUUGGCUUCGUCUCCGUUCCUGCUGCAAUCAGCCGACCAGCAUCGGCCGACCAGCAUCCGCAACUGCUUCCCUGCAUCAUCGCUCCGGCUGCACUCAGCUGUGGACCUGCAUCCAAGUCCACCGAGACUGCCGUUUUUCGUCCAGAAUUCACGCCGCCUUGCAUUGUGCCGACCAGCGCCCACUUUCCACUCCCUUGCCUUCCCUCGGCUAUCGCCCAAGCGGUUGCUUGCCCUUUUCUCGCCAUCACCGGGCCUUAGACGCCAUGUCCUCAUCAACACCCCAAUCCCACUCCCAUAAUGCCAGCGUCUGUCACUUCUGCAACCACAGGCCCUCGCUAUGCACCGAGAUCCCGAAUCGCCUCACAUCCGAAUCUGCUGACCUGAGCCAAGUUCCGCUCGAACGCCCGCUGCUCCGUCGCGGCCCCAUUCCACAGCGAACCACUUCCAGGACAAUUUUCACUCCGCCGGUGCUUCCGCCCCGAAAGAGCUCGAUGGGCUAUCUGCUCGACCUCGAUUUCGAUGGACUGCCUCAACCUCCGACGUCUGGCGGGCUUCCGAUAACGGCGUGCUCGCUUGAUAGGCCAAUCCAAAAUCGACACUAUGAGGUUCCUGUCAAGAUGAUAUAUACGGUCACCGAUAUCCAGGGUCGUGAAGUCGUCGUCGAAAAGUACUCACAGAUCCCUCCCGGCGCCGAUCACCCAAAGAUUCAUCGCGGCGUUUGCAAAAUGAACUUGGAUGAGUCCAAGAACUCAUCGGCGCUGCACAGUUUUCCUAUGGCCUCGUGCAUCAAGAAAGCAUCGUUUGCAAAUAUCGCCGAAGCAAGUCAUGCUUCUGAGCACGAUGCUACGAGUGAUCAUGACGAGAGUAAAGUAACACCACCACGAAAGUUCGGUGGGCCACGAAGGAGCUCGCUGAGUCGGGAUGCCAAAGGAUUCAGCUCACGCAGCAGCGACGGUGCAUCAUCGACUGGCGAGACGACCGAAGCAUCCGAGCUCCUGACUCAGCGCCGUCUGACGGAAACCGUCAGAGAUGUUAUGUUCGCGCUCCUCUUCUACAUUGUCCAUGGCAAUACCUCCUCUGUAUUAGACUACGUGUCCCUCGUGAUCGAGGAUGGGCAGCUACUGUGCUUUUUCUUCUCGGACUCCCUCCGCAGCGUCUACAUGCUGCCGGAUUUCCUGGUCAACUUUGUCGAAGUCAAAUAUCUCACCUUCGACAUCACGCCAACCUACGUGACGCUCAACGCGAUUGCCGUCUCGUCUGUGGCACUGUUGAUCCUGAACAUCAUUUAUAUCUGCUGGGGCUUGUUUAACGGCAAACAAGAGGCGAUAUGGCCGAUCAAGACGCUUCGUUUUUUUGCGUCGUAUCUGCCAACUGUCUUCUACAUCCCCAUCGUCGAAAGCCUAAUGAGCGCUCUGGUUUGCACGAUCCAGAGCUCUCUUUCAAGUUCCCAGCUGGGUGGCAGCAACUGUGUCGUCGGCAGUCGACUUCCUUUGUUUGUUGUAUCCAUCAUCACCCUGGUGGUGUAUAUCCCGAUCGCCGCGGGCUUGAGCGUCUUCUAUCUCAACCCCGAUCCAACCCUCAAGAGCCCCAUGAGCAAGGUUCACGGACGAGUCGACCUUGCUUAUAUCUUCCUCAAGUCACUACUCGUUCUGGUGUGGCUGAUGGUCCCCGCCAAUAUCCCGCUGCUACGCAUUGGCGUGGCCACGAUGGUGCCCGGAACUAUGCUGAUGGUCCUGAACUAUUAUUUGCCAUACUACAAUCCCAGGAUCAACCAAAUGCGAUCUGGCUUUUAUUUUAGUGCAUUUGGAAUCGGCUUGAUUGCAUUCAUUACUUGCCUCGUCAAUACCUUUGGUGGCUCAAAUCUCCAAACGAGCUCUGUCGUUCCUAUCGUGAUGGGCUCGCUCAUAGCACCGCUCUGGGUCACAGGCUACUUUUUCACGGCCUGGCUGCUGAAAUGGAUCGAAUCGAGCAGCCGCAAGCGACUGGCCGAUGCCCUCAGCACCGUCAAUCCGGACGACGACCCUAUUGUCUUCUACCAUUGGACUCAUGUCGAGAUCACGGCGCGAUUUAUCACAGCCAAGAUGGAUUCUAGGAGACGGAACGUUAAGCAAGCACUCGUUGGAGAGCUCCGUGACAUCUUCUUGCGCGGAAUUACCGAAUUCCCAAGGUGCCAUUGGAUCAGACUGUGCUAUGCAAGCUACUUUUCGUUCGUGCAGCAGUCAAAGAUGGAGGCCGCCAAGCAGCUACGGCAGGCCCAAAGACACAACUCCCCGAUCGAUGUGCGCUUUCAGAUCUACUGGCACUCAAGUUUCUUCUG